GUGAUAUGAGAUGAACGUUUUGAACGUCACAUUUUUCCACUGAAAUCAAGCACCUUCAUUUCCUUUUUCACUUCUCAUCUCAUUUGUUCGCUUCAAGUUCAGGUUUUUAGGGUUCAACUCCGAAAACCUCUCUGGACCUCACGCCGUUGCCCUUCACCAGCUACGCAGCACCACUCCACCACUUCUUCUCCUCUUCACGCCGUUGCCCACGGAGGUUCGCCACUCUCUCUCUCUCUCUCGCUUUCUCUGUGUGUGCCGUCGCAUAACCUCAGCACUGCCAGUCAGCCAUUUCAGUUUCUUACAUAUCUCGGUUUUCUUCCCAUUCGAACAAAUCUCUAGAUUCGCAGCUGCAGAUCGUGACAUAUGUCAUUUAUUUGAAAACCUGUAAUGCAGGAAAGUAAGUGAGAAACUGCUUAGAUGUUAUCAAAAGGAAGGAAAGUUUCCAGCAGGGGAGAAGCAGUAACAGCAAACUAUGCUUUUGGCCCGCAUGAAGAGGACAUAAUUAUAAAACACAGGCUUCUAACCCGCACCACAACCACAAGGGGUGAACCUCCAUUGAAGAAACUUCAGAAGAAGUUCACCUCUUUCGUCCUUGAGAUUGAGAAGGAUGCAGAUAAUAAUGGAGACUGUGAGAAACUUGCCAAAGCUUUCUUACAGGAGCUUUCGACGUUUGAAAUUCCACUUCUCAAGAGCAAAGCGGUUGUUGAUGCGAAUGUAAGAGAGAAGGAGAACUUCAACGAGUUGAAAGAUGAGAUAAACAGGCAGAUUAUCCAAGCACAGGCUGACAUUGAAGAUCUUAAGAAGCAGCUUGAAGAGAGUAAGAUUGAGAGGCAGCACAAAGAGGAGUGCGAGGCAAUCAGGAAACUGAUUGCCACGCAGCCACCAAGAUCAGAGACACAGAAGAUUAUAUCGCAACUAGAGAAAGAAAUUGCAGCUUUGGAUGCCGAGAACACAGCUGGUUCAAGGUUGCUGGAGCUUCGCAAGAAACAGUUUGCUCUUUUAUUGCACGUGGUUGAUGAGUUGCAGAAUACCAUAGAGGAAGAGCAGAAAAGUUUGGUUGAGGAGAUGAGAAUAGCGACUGAAGAGCAGAAGAAUGGGAUUGAGGAUGCUAGCGGGGGGUCAGAUGCAAUGGCUGUUGACUAAUGUUUAGUCUGAGUCUUAGUAUUGCAGUUGGAAGAUGGUAAUUUGUUUUAAUGUUUUUCUGUUUAUGUAUAUCUUUCUUGAUGGUUAGAAUUGGGGAAAAUGUAAUUGAAAUCAGAACAUCUAUCUCCUGUUGUAGCAUUAGUUAUCAAAACAAAGACAUCCGUUAUUACUUGGAAAUUAGUCCAUUCCCCCAAAAGUUUUGGAUAAGUUUCUUGACUA